GGCUGUGACUGCGAAACAUCUCAGUUGCUGUGUGGAGAGAUUUGACGGAGGGACGCUCCCGUGCGUGGACCCCAUCAGUGCGCCGCCAUCCGUGAUGCCUCGGUGAGGAUCUGCCACGGCGGAGAGGACGCCAGCGCAUGUGAAAUAUUGCGGAUUUGCGUGUCAAGCAGAGGAGGAACCGGUGGCCGGCUCCGCGGCUGUUUGUCUGUUUCUUAUCGCUUCUCUGCCCCCCCCCCUCUCCCCUCCCCUCCCUCACAUGUCACUCUAAUUAAUCGGAGGCAUGUGGAACCGCACCAGGAUUAGGAAUUGCCUCCCAAUAGUGUGCCUGCUGGUGGCGUUAUGGACGAAGGUGUCCCAGUCAACCGGCUAUUUUGAGCUGCAGCUGAUCUCGGUGGAGAAUGUGAACGGCGAGCUGGCGGACGGGGAGUGCUGCGAUGGCCCCAGGAGUCCCCAGGACCUGCGCUGCACCCGGGACGAGUGCGAUACUUACCUGAGAGUGUGCCUCAAGGAGUACCAGAUAAAGGUCACCACCACGGGGGCGUGCACGUUCGGCGCCGGCUCCACGCCGGUUCUCGGCGGGAAUAUGUUUUCUUUGAAGACCACCAAGAACAACGCGAAUAAGAUCGACGAGGCCGGCAGGAUUGUGAUCCCCUUCCAGUUCGCGUGGCUGCGGACCUUUACGUUGAUAGUGGAGGCCUGGGACUGGGACAAUGACACACGCAACAACGACGAGAAGCGGCUGAUCGAGCGCGGCUCUCACACCGGCAUGAUCAACCCCGACGAUCCCUGGCAGACCAUCCUUUACGACGGGCCGGUGGCUCGCCUCGUCUACCGCAUCCGGGUGCGCUGCGACGAGAACUACUUUGGGAACAAGUGCAACAAGCUGUGCGUGCCUCGCGACGACUACUUCGGACACUAUCGCUGCGACCCUGCAGGGACCCGCUUGUGCCUGGAUGGCUGGAUGGGCCCUGACUGCAGGACAGCAAUCUGCAAACCAGGCUGCAACCUGUUACACGCCAACUGCUCUCUACCAGGCACAUGCGUGUGUAAGUUCGGCUGGAAGGGCCCGUUCUGCGAUGAAUGUCAUCUCCAUCCCGGAUGCGUUCAUGGCACCUGCAACAGGCCCUGGCAGUGCAACUGCGAGAAGAACUGGGGUGGCCUAUGGUGUGAUAAAGAUCUGAAUUACUGCGGUCGCCACCAGCCGUGCAUCAACGGAGGAACCUGCCUGAACACCGAACCAAACUUGUAUUACUGCGCCUGUCCACCGGGCUAUUCCGGAAAGAACUGUGAGAUAGCUGAGCACUCAUGUGUCUCCAACCCCUGCUUGAACGGUGGGACGUGCCAGGAGGUUGCUGCCGGCUAUGAGUGUCUGUGUCCGUCAGGUUGGGAGGGUUCUCUCUGUGAAAAAAAUUUGGAUGACUGUGCGUCCAGUCCGUGCGCUCAGGGUGGGACCUGUAUCGACCUGGAGGAUGGCUUUGAGUGUGUAUGCCCCCCACAGUGGGAAGGGAAGACCUGCCAGAUAGAUGCAAAUGAAUGUGCAGGACAGCCCUGUGUGAACGCUUACUCUUGCAAAAAUCUCAUUGGUGGAUAUCACUGCAAGUGUUUCCGGGGAUGGUCUGGCCAAAACUGUGACAUCAACAUCAACGUCUGCCAAGGUCUGUGUCGGAAUGGAGGAACCUGUAAGAAGGGUCCGAGGGGUUACCACUGCCAGUGUCCUCCCGGUUUUGUCGGCAAUCACUGCGAAAUCCAGCGAAACAAAUGUGACAGCAGACCGUGUCAGAACGGCGGCCAGUGCCACGCCGUGUUGGACGGCUUCGUGUGUGAAUGCCUGCCAGACUUUGGUGGCCAACUGUGUGAGAUCUCGUACUACCCUCCCGCCGAUGCCUGUGAUUCCGGCCCCUGUGAGAACGGGGCGACUUGCCACAGCAUGGACCAGGACUUCUACUGCGCUUGUCCCGAAGGCUACGUGGGAAAAACAUGCGAACGUGUAAAGGAGGCCUGCCAAACUACAACAUGUCAAGUAAUCGACAGCUGCGUUGUUGCAGUUCCCACCAAUGACUCGGAUGGAGUGCAGCACAUUUCGUCCAACGUCUGCGGUCCGCGCGGGCGCUGCAUCAGCCAACCCACGGGCAACUUCACCUGCAUCUGCGACCCGGGUUUCAGCGGCAUCUACUGUCAUGAAAACAUCAACGACUGCAUAGACAACCCGUGUAAGAACGGCGGGACCUGCAUUGACGGCUUGAACUCCUUUCAGUGCUUCUGUCCGGACGGCUGGGAGGGUCAUCUCUGUGACCUCAACGUCGACGAGUGCAGACACAACCCUUGCAAAAACGGCGGACGCUGCAUCGACUUGGUCAAUGACUUUUACUGCGAGUGCACCGGUGACUGGAAGGGCAAGACCUGCCAUUCCCAUGAGAGUCAGUGUGAUGAAACCACCUGCAGUAACGGCGGUACCUGCUACGACCACAUUGAUACCUUCCGCUGUUCCUGCCCACCUGGCUGGGGAGGAAAAACGUGCAACACAGCCAAAAACAGCACUUGUGGCUCCAGUCCUUGUUUCAACGGUGGGACGUGCGUAGGAGGGGGAGACACAUUCUCCUGUAUCUGCAAAGAGGGCUGGGAGGGCCCCACCUGUGAACAAAACAUAGACGACUGCAACCAUCAUCCAUGUUACAACGGCGGCAUCUGUGUGGACGGAGUCAACUGGUUUCGCUGCGAGUGCACCCCCGGGUUCGCCGGUCCAGACUGCAGAAUAAACAUAAACGAGUGCCAGUCAUCUCCCUGUGCCUACGGGGCCACCUGCGUGGAUGAGAUCAAUAGCUUCCAGUGCAUUUGUCCUCUUGGUCGAUCAGGAGCCAGAUGUCAAGAAUUCAUCGGCAUUGGAAGGACUUGUCACUAUGCCGGGCUGCAGUUUCCCCACGGCAGCCAUUGGGAGGAGGAGUGCAACAACUGCCACUGCAUCAACGGCAAAGUGCACUGCUCAAAGGUGGUGUGCGGCCGCCGCCCCUGCCGACUCGAGCCGUCAGACGCAGAGAAGGGAGAGAAGUCCUGCCCAGCUGGACAGGAGUGUCUGGAGCACAGCUUCUACACCUGCUUCUCCCAGCCCUGCGAUCAGUGGGGGGUUUGUUCGAUGGCUGGGCCCCCGCCUCUCCAAGCAACCACCAAGUGCCAGCCGAACAGCGGCCAUUUGGACAACAGCUGCGGCCGCAUAACUCUUGUUUUCAACAGAGACAAAGUCCCGCCCGGGAUCACGGUGGAGAAUAUUUGCUUUGAGCUGAGGUAUCUUCCCGACACCAGGAGGCUGGCGAAAGACCACGACCUUCUUCUUUUGUGCGACCUCUCCCAGUCAAAUCCAGAUGCUGUAGAGGUGGCCAUCUCUUUCCAGCCCGAGAAUCUGCCAGACCACAGUCUGAUCCAGGAGGCUGCCAGCGCCAUUGUGGGCACCUUAUCCAAGAGGCACAACAGCACCAUAAUGCUGGCGGUCAUCGAAGUCAAAGUGCAAACGCAGACCAUGCCCUCUUCAGUGGAUUACCUGGUGCCUCUUCUCUGUGUCCUCUUCUGUCUGCUCUGCCUCUUCUGCAUCAUCGUCUGCGUGUGGUGGACGAGGAAACGGAGAAAAGAGCGCGAGAGGAGCAGCCGGUCGGCUCCCGACGGUAACGUGAACAACCAGUGGGAACCGCUGCGUCUCGUGGUGGGACGUCAGCAGCAGCAGCUGAAGGAGAACAACAGGGAGGCCGAGCAGGAGCGCAAAAAGCUCAUGGGCCCAUCCUGUCGGACGUGUGACGAGGAGGAGGAGGAGGAGACGGAGGGCGAGCUGGAGCUCGAGGAGGAGUGCGGUGGAGCGGAGGCGGGAGAGGAGCUUGUUUAUAAGUACUCUAAAACUGCGGUGCAGUCCAGUGGGGGCGUGAUCUGUACCCUGCACAGCUCCAGCGCGCCUCUUAAAGCCCCCCACCGGACCCAAGGCUACAGCCCUAAAGACAACCGCUGGAAAAAUGUCAGUGCCGUCUUGACUGGUCAGAAAGAGCUGAAAGACCAUUGCGUGUAAGAAAGUUUAAAGGACAAUGCAGAAGCAAGAGAGGCUGCAAGGCAGCUACUAACUAUUCUAUCAUGUUUGGGACUUUUUUUUUUUUUGUUCUUUUUGAAAAGGAAACAAGGCUUUGUGUUCAAGAAGCCAUUCUUUGAUUUGGUUUAUAUGUUUUCGUCACUGUCGCCGAAGAUGAUUUUUUUUUUUUUUUUUUUUUUUUUUUUCUUCCUAUUCAGGAGGUUUGAGCACAGUGGACAUCUUUUGCUUACUUGUUACUUUUCGUUGCAUACAGAAGAAGGCGCCGACAUGUAAUAUAUUAUUUCAGGAGGCGAAAGAAGCUUCCCACUUUUUUUUUUUUCUUUUUUUUUCGGGGGGUUAUGUAACUCUUCUAUUUAAGUAACUUUUGAAUUGUUGAAAAGGAAUUGAAAGAAGAAAAAAAAAAGAAGCUGUAAGGAUUGUUUACAGGCUGUUAUGAUUUUGUCAAAGUGUCAGUUCACUCUGCGGAUUUGGACAAAAAUGGGCUGUUUUCUCCAUCACCUUCCAGCUUUCGCCCACCGAUCCACCUGUGGCUGUCAUGCCUUACCAAAACAUUGGCCUGGAGGGGGGAGAGGGGACAAACCCCAGUGCCUACUACGUGGCCUUCCAUGUUAUGUUUUAUUUUUUUUUUUCAUUUUGUUUCUCUUGUGUCUCAGUUGUCUUGGCUGAAAGCUGUAUUUGUAAUAUUUUGCAGUAUUUGAGUUUGGUAGCAAGUGCCUUUUUCCAAGAGCUGUCGUGGCUCCGAGUCGUGCUGCCUAUGUUUGACCUCCUUGUUCUCUGAUCUCGAAGGGAUUCUUGUACAUUUAAAGAGUUCAAUUUCACAGCAACGCCAUUCAAGGUAUUUGAUCAAAGCAGAAAUGACUACGCUGUACAUACAUGUAAAUACUUAAAGGAGUCGCUGUGUAUAUUUGAAAUAAGUUAAAGACAAGUCACACAUUUUUAUUAUUAUUGUUAUUAAUAUUAUUUUUAUUUUUUACAAUGUCAUUUCUUUUAUUUAUGUCAGUUGAUAUAAGCCGGUUUUAUAACAAGUUAACAUCCAGAGUCCCACCGUUUGAGAACUUUUACAAAGAGGUACCACCUAUAAAGGAUUUUCUGAAGGGUUUAUAAAUUGUUUGGCACCCAGAUUCAGUUUCUUUUUAUAGUUCAUCAGUAAAUUUCAGUUAUAAAACAUAAUAACUCGCACAGUUUAGACAAAAAUUACUACCAUCUCAUAAUGUAUUUUAUUUUUUAUUUUUUUAAGCUUUGGAGUAACGAAAAGCAUUCAAAACAUGCCAACGUUGUAGCCUUAAAGUUUUCAAAUCAUUUCUAAACCCAUCAAGAAUCCUUUUUAUUUCAGGUGCCUUAAUGUAAUAAUUUAUUAAAUUUCGCAUUUGUGUUCAUCUUUUUAUUUUUGUUGAAUUUUAUUUUUUUUGUAAUUUUUCGUUGGUUUGUUUCCACUUGUUAAAGAACGCAAUUCUCUCAAACCAUUGUGUGGUGUAUCGUGGCCGUGUUUUAUUCACCAGAGUAAAACUCUCCAUUUCUCUCACUUGCUCGUCUGUCAUGGUGAUUCCUAAAAUUACACCGUUUGGAGAAAAUAAAACAACCCAGCAAUCCACAACAGCGGUCCUGAAUGUGGAUCUCGGCGGGUCAAACGUGGAUUUCACUCAUCCGCUUCGUGUUUUGGUUCAAAGGCUUUAACGACGGGAACAAUGUCUUUUUUUUUUUUUUUUUGCUGUAAUGCAAAUGUUUUAUUAGGUUACAAAGUUUCAAGGGGCAAAAGUUAACACCUCCCCCCACCCCCCUCGUUUUAACCCCUGUCAUUGUCUAAAAACGACAUUGUAUUUCUGUAAAUGGGACACGGCAAAAAUAAAAGACUUAAAGAUGCA